AGUAGGCCCCCAGCAACAUGUGCUGGAUCGAGAGGUCAGGCUCGGUGCCUUUGGUGAUUGCAUGUCACCACAGGACAUGAGUGUACACCAGGGUGCUGGAGUGCUGGGAUAAUAUCAUGUGUAGACGAUUAAAUCCAGUUCACCAUGGCAUCUACAACUUCUGGUAAAGAUACAACGUUGGACAAGGUUGAAGAAUACCACACCGAAAUAGCAGUACUUAUGUCGCCUGUCAUUAUCAUCCUGGGGAUUCUGAUGCUGGUUGGAUUCUUCGGAAACAUGCUGGUGAUAUAUAUCUAUGCUGUCAGGCUGAAGAGAAGUACCACGCACCUGUUCAUCAUCGCCUUGGCUGUUGCUGACACUGUUGUGUGCACUGUGUGUAUUCCAGUAGAAAUCGUUGUAAUCCGCUAUCUCUACUCCUUCGACGUCCCAUGGCUCUGCAGGGCGUUUCGUACAGUUGUCACGGCCUGUGUGAUUAGUUCAAUAUAUGUUCUUGUGUCCAUAGCCGUGGACAGAUACAAACGGGUAUGUACUCCUUUCAAGUCUCAGAUAUCUUUGAAAACGGCGAAAAUUGCAGUUGGUAUUGGGUGUAUUAUUGCUCUGAUUCUUGCGUCACCCUCCAUGGUUAUUCUAGGCAGAAAGACCAUUAACAGAACCGUAGUCGGUUAUGCAUGCUCCACGGAUGACAGCAUGGUAACGACUCCGUUUCCAGGGCUGUUUAAUGGGAUGCAGCUUCUCAUAGCUGUGCUUUAUAUUUCGACUGUUACUUCCCUCUAUGCCUUGAUUCUGAAAAGAGUCCGAGCACAGAAGAGGUACAGAGAAGGAAUGAGUCCUAAACAUGUUGACAGCAAGGUGUGUUCAACCCACUGUAGUGAUGCACCAUAUGAGACUGACACGUCAAUCACGUCAACACAAGACAACGCAGUGCAAUCACCACAGGGUAACAUACCAACGAGUGAGGAUACUGUGACAUCAUCAUGCGACAUCACGGUGAUAUUAUCACAGAGUGAGUUACCGUCGGGUGACGAUACGAUCACGUCAAACGACGAGACACCGACAUCCCCAAUCAGCACAAAUGCAAUAGAACAAGAUGCAAAAGUAAACUCUGCUCUGAAGAAGGGGACGCACAAGACCACGUUUAUGAUGUUUAUCAUCACAGCUGUGUUCAUUCUUAGCUUUAUACCCCACCUGGCUCUGAUGGCGACAAGAGCCGUGCAGAAACACACGUACGAUCAUCUGGAAGGAGCACCAUUGGCUCUGUAUAACAUUUUCUUUAGGACAUUCUUCAUCAAUUCAGUAUCCAAUCCGAUCAUAUAUGGUUUCAUGAGUGACAAAUUCCGAUCACAGGCAAAGAUUGUAUUUAAACGGAUGUGUUUUAAGAAGUAAUGCAAUGUGAGCGAAAUAUUCUUACGGUCAUCUAUGUUGUUCACAUUCUACAUUCAGUGUAUAGCUAGUUGUUUAAUAUAUGUAUGAUAUUAACCUAUAGUCAGUCAAUAGAAUAAGAUAUUGUGACAUGUUGUAACUGGGUAGAAUGACCUACAGGUGAUCCAUGACUUGGUUGUGCUCUAACGGGGUAUAAUGACGUAAAGUUCCAUCUCACCCAUGUCUUUCUACAACGGGUUUCAAUGGCCUACUAUUGAUCUAUAACCACGUCAUGCUUUAAUGCUAUAAAAUGAAGUACUGGUCAUCCAUUCCCACGUCAUGCUGUCACGGUACAAUGACCUACCAGUUCUCUAACAGUCUUCUUCAUGUCUAGGUCCUCAUUUAACCAAAGUCCAAGGUAUCUAUAAGAUUCAGUAUAAUCCACUGUUAAACCGUUAUACUUAAAGCAAACUGCGAUCUGUGUUGGGAAGGGUUUCUAAAAUGGACAAGUUUCGUUUUCUUCUUACUCACUGUUAACGGCCAUCUAUUACACCAGGCCCUAUCUGGUGCAAUCAAAGCGUCUGCAGACAUUAAAACAGAAAUAGUAGCAUAAUCAACCUGUACACUACACUUCAGAUUAUUAAUAGCUUCAGACAGAUCAUUAGGUGAUAGUUUGCAAGGCUCACAUACAAAAUGUUCUGUGAGAGAACCCUAACUGUACAGUUAGUAUCAACAUAUAAAAACUGCAGUUAUAUCCAUAGACGCCAAUAUUACAUAAUUACAUAUUACCGCAAACAGUGUCUAUUUACAGCACCAUACGUCUUUUUAAGGUCGAUGAAUGCAACAAAAGUAGGCUGGUUACUUAUUUUUCUGCGUUGCACUGACGUUGUGAAACAUAAAUGAUAGAUGCAGUCUCGUCUGGUCCAAACCUUUUUGUUCAUCUGCUUAUGAUUUGUUCUUUUACAGCCACUCUGUAUUCAAAAUAUCAACAUGAAGUGGUAUCCAAAUAUUGUUAUGGGUUUCAAACAUCCUGUAUAUCUGUUUUCGGGAUAGGAUGGAUAAUGCCAAUGUUCCAUAUUGAUGGGGUUGCACCGUUUUCAAAUCACAUUUUAUUAUUCUAUCAUUUAUUAUGUAUCAUGAUAAACAGAGCUGGAGUUGUUUAUUCCCUCGCUGGUAUAUCAUCUUUUUCAGUAGAUUUACCAUGCUUUAACUGGAUAACUGCUCUCUCUAUUUCAUUUCUAGUAAUAGAUUUUAUCCACACUAUUUGCUGGUAAAAACACUUUGAAAUCACUUGGACAGACAGUGUGGGUGGUGUUAGAAGUGCUUCUAUUAGAGUAUUUUUCCAUUUUGAUAACACGAAAUCCUGGUCAUAGCAAACCUUGCCGUCGUCAUCAAAAACUUGUGGGAUUUGAUAUUGGUUCUCAUUUUCUUCCAAAAUUUCUUUCCCGUAUUCCCCGAAAGUAAGUUAGUUAGUUUAUCCUGCUGGUUCCAUGCACAGUUGCGAUUUGUAUAACGAUUUAGACGAUCAGACGUUUUCCAAGAUUCAUUAUGCAAUUCCCUGUCUCCUUUUCUCACCAACAUAUCCUUUAUACUUUGACUACUGUCUUUUUCACAUUGGCAAACAACAUCCCAUAACUUUUGCAGGUCACAAUUCCAAUAAAGUUUGUAUCUUGG